UGGGAAUCCAUCUCAAACCUAGAGAACUCACUUUCUCUGAACGAGAUCGGAAAAGGGGAAUUCCCGACGAACUUCUUCUCGGCAAAUUAGCAACUUCCAACCCCGAAAUUUCUUUUUCUUUCUCCCUAUAGUCGGCUCAAUAUGUCGCUCCCGGUUAUUUCCAAAUACUGAUUUGAGAUUUGGAGAAGGUCCCAGCCGACCACAACCGGCGGGUCCUUUUUUGCAGGUGUUCAUCUCGAGAGCUGGAAUUCAACGGCAACCAAAAGGUCAAUGCUCUCUGGACUCUACAACGUUCGAGGUCGGCUAUUUUAGCUUGGCAUCAACAAUUGGCGCCCACCGUGGGGCUCGGUGAGAUUACUACCUACAGAUUGCCAAUUCAACCAGUCGAGAUGGAUACAACAAAUUCACAACUUCAAGUUGACAUCGGUCAAGGUUCAAGUCCAAACCCUGAGCAAACUCUGCCACCCCAAAGGGUUGAAGAUUUGCAGGCUGAAAUUGAGCGACUUCGUGCUCAGAUUCGGACUGCAACGGAGGCUCCACAACCACCACCGGUCCCUCUACCAACUUUCUAUGGGAGUACGGGACUCCCUGGAUCCUCCAAUGACUAUCGGAAUGGCAUGCCGGCAGUAACUGAAGCAGCGGCCCGAGAUGUCCCCCUAGUUGUUCCUCACUUCGAAGAACUCCCUCCAGCGGGAACAUUUUCUCAACCAAGUACCGGUCGGCCCCUUGCUUUGGCCAUUCUAAAUGAGUCAUACCCGGGAAACAUCCAUAUACCCAACCUUCCGGAGUACAAUGGCACCACUGACCCAGAAGAUCAUCUUAGUUCCUUUGAGAUUUUGAUGCCUCUUAUUGGUGCCUCUGAUGCCACCAUGUGUAAAAUAUUUCCCGCCACUCUUGGAGGAGAGGCUCGUCGAUGGUACUCUCAGCUUCGCAAUGGUGUCAUCAACAACUUCACCGAAUUUUUCACACUAUUUCGGUGCAAGUUUUAUGCCCAAAAGCGACAAGCAGUGAGCAUUAAUCAGAUCAUGAAUACCAAGCAACGAGAGGGUAAGGCUUUAAAAGCCUAUUAUGCUAGGUACAAUACCUUGGCUAUAGGCGUCACUUCCCUAUCUGUUGAAGUAAUUGUCAACACGCUGACACGAGGAACAACAAACAGUCUUCUCCGGGCUUCCCUCAUCAAGAAACCCCCUCGGAGUAUGUUUGAGCUACAGGAGCGGGUAAUGAAGUACAUCGGUCUAGAAGAAGCUUUACAAGAUUCCUCUUACGUUGUGCCAAAGCGUAGGAGGGAUUCGCCUCCGCCAAACCGAGAAACUUUACAACGCCCCCGCCCAACUUUGGAUAACAUGCCCAAGGCUCAAAAAGAUGAUCGUAGAAGGGAUGGGCCAUUCCCUCCAGGCCAAAAUUUUACCCCACUCAACAAUCCACUGAGGAAUGUUCUCCAGGUCAUUCAAUAUAAAAAGCUUCCGGUGACAUGGCCACCUCGAGGUCGCAUAAAACCAAUAAAAGGAAAGAACCAAUUUUGUGACUUUCAUCGGGGAUACGGGCAUGACACCGAGGAAUGCAAAAAAUUGGGAAGAUCCAUCGAGGGACUGAUUCAAAAUGGCAACUUAAGCAGUUCAUUCAAAGUUCCAAAGGCUCAAUCCAACAACCUUAUUCAUCGGACAAAGGAUAAGCUCCGCAAGGAAGCGGACCUGUGUUAGUAGUCGUCCCAGUCAUACAUGGAGGAACUGGACUACGACAGGAAUUGUCCACCUCUCGUAUGACGUAUGCUCGAACUUUGGUUGGCUCCACCUCCACUAUCUCAGAUCAAUAUCCUAUCAUUUUUUAUUCCCGAGAUCUCGAGGAUAUCGAAUAUCCCCAUGAUGAUCCUCUGGUGAUUGAGGCUACCAUCGCCAACUACACAGUAAAACGAGUUCUCAUUG